GAGCGACGGGCUGCCCAGUGACACGGGGGUCGAUGUUAUCGAAAGACGAAGGGGGGGAAUUCAAGAAAUAUUGACAACAAGAAAGAGAGACUGGAAGUUUUAGCGCAAGAAGAAAAGAGGUUGAGAUUGAAGCUCAAAGGCUGAGAAGACUCAGAUAGAGAAGACGACGACGGCCAUGUUUACAGCGCCAGCAGAGGUCAAACUGUGAAAGAUAAGAAGCGGUCUCCCCCUUCCAGCAGACCCCCCACCGGCCCACAACGCAACCCUCACCACAGCACCUCUGCAGACGAACACGAGAGUCCUGAAAGAGUGCCAUUCCUAUUUUGUACAGGAGCAGAAGGAGAAGCUCCAUGCAGAGUUGAAGCAGGUGCUGAGUCAGAAAAGAAGUCAAUUGAGAGCGUCCACCUGCCGACUGGCCCAACCAGAGAUGGACCCCGAGCCUUCUAACGGGCAAACAGACCAGGCAACAGCAGAAGCCGCCGAGCCUCCAGUGGAGAUCGUGGUGGAGACGGAGGCCGAAGCCGGAGCUAGCGGCUACAGCGUGACCGGCGGUGGCGAGCAAGGCAUUUUCAUCAAAGACGUUCUCAAAGACUCACCAGCCGCCAAACAUCUCAGCCUGCAGCAAGGUGACCAGCUGCUCAGCGCCAAGGUUUACUUUGACAACGUACGCUAUGAAGACGCUCUUAAGAUCCUCCAAUGUGCCGAACCCUACAAAGUCAGCUUCCUGGUCAAGCGGACAGUCCACGGACAGGAGGUCUGUAUGCGACCCCGCCUACCCAGUGUGGAUAUCAAGGGUCCUAAAGCCAAGAUGGCCAAAAUGAGCGUGAAGGGCAUGAAGCCUUUUAAGGCCAAGAAGAAGCGAGGCGGUCGCUUCGGUCUGAAGAGGCUGAAGGAGAAACGGCGUGAGGAGCUGGUGAUUGAAGGAACGCCUCCCUGGCUGGAAAUGAGCGACGUGGAUGUAGAAUUCUGCCUACCCAAAUUCAAAAACAGACGGAGUGACCACCUGGAGGCAGAAGGGGGGGCUGCGGUCAAGGCAAAGAGGAAAAUCAGAUUUCCUCGGAUGAAGACGAAAGGUCAGAGUGGAGGAAAAGAGGACAGUGGAAGACUGGAGGCAAAGGGGAAGUUUUCACCAGCUGAGAUUCCUGGAGCCAAAGUGAAAGCCAAAGGAAAAGCUCCCAAGUUUGGAAUCAACUUGCCUGUGAGCAAGGAUGCCAAGUCUGUAUCGGUGGAACUGGAGAAGCCGGACGUUAACAUCCCGCCGCCAUCUUUAGAGUUCAGUCUGCCUGCUGCGAAAGUUGUGGAUGUGGAGUUGGGGGGACCGUCGUUGAGUUCCCCGGAUGUGGAGUUCGCGCUCCCUUCCAGCAAAGCUGCUGCAUCUUUGCCCGCUGGAAAGGUGGAAAUUAAAGCUCCAAAAAUUGAAAUCAAAGGAGGAGAUGCUGAAGUUGACAUAGAAAAAGGCAAAAGUGACGGAAAACUACGAAUGCCAAAGUUGAAACUUCCCAAAAUGCGACUCUCGCGUCAUUUGGAUGAAAUUGACGACGACAAAGGGAAGGUCACAGCAAAAGCAGACAUUAGUAUUCCGAAAGUGGAAAUAACAGGGGGCGUUCCAUCAUUUCAAAAGCCUUCUGUUGACAUCUCUUUACCAAAAGUCAAAGGAAAAACUGACAUCAAUGUAAAAACGACAAUCAAGAAACCUGCAAUAGACAUUUCUGUGCCGGAUGUAGAGCUGUCUGUUGGGAGACUUCCAGAUGAAGUGGAGGGCACUUUCAAAGGACAAGAAAUAUCGAUGCCUGCACAUGAUAUUUCAUUACCAACGAUGGAAUCCCCUGAACUGGAUGUUGAGGGCACAGAAAGCAGAAGUAAAUUCUGUCUCCCUUCCGCUGAUGUUGGAGUAGACAUGAGUCAUUACAUAGGUGGAGAUGGAAAGUUCACCUUACCGAAUUUUGAUGUAUCCCAAUCACAAAAUGUUCAAAGACCAGAUGUUGAAGGAAGCUUCAAGUUGCCGAGUGUGGACUUGUCGCUUCCCAAAGGCAAAGAAGUGGACGUUGAGCUGCCAGAUGUAGAUAUUUCUUUACCCAAAGUCAAUCUUCCGGAAGGUGAUGUCAAACUGAAAGGUCCAAAACUGAAAGGAAGAAAGUUAGAAAUGCCAGACAUCAAUGUCUCACUUCCCAAAGGAAAAGUCGAUGGUAGCAUUGCUCUUGAAGGCCCUGAUAUCAAAGGAGGAAAGUUCAAAAUGCCAACAUUAGAUGUUUCAUCCCCGAAAGUCAAUCUUCCAGAGGGUGGUGUCAAACUGAAAGGCCCAAAACUUAAAGGAGGAAAGAUGGAAAUUCCAGAUGUCGAUGUCUCACUUCCCAAAGUUGAGGGUGAUUUUGACAUUGAAGGAGCAAAGUUCAAAAUACCAACAGUUGAUGUUUCUUUACCAAAAGUCGAUCUCCCAGAAGGUAGUGUUAAAUUAAUAGGUCCAGAGGUCAAAGGAAGAAAGCUGGAAACACCUGACGUUGAUGUCACAAUUCCAAAAGUUGAGGGUGAUAUUAAUCUUCAAGGUCCAGGCGUCAAAGGAGGAAAGAUCAAAAUUCCAAAAUUUGAUGUUUCUUUACCAAAGGUCAGUCUUGUGGAAGGUGGAGUUAAACCAAAAGGUCCACAUAUAAAAGGAAAAAUGGAAAUUCCAGAUGUUGAUGUCUCGCUUCCCAAAGUUGAGGGUGAUUUUGAAAUAAAAGGCACUGAUGUGGAAGGGGGAAAGUUCACAAUGCCAACUUUUGAUGUUUCUUUCCCAAAAGUCAGUCUAUCAGAAAGUGAUGCUAAAUUAAAAGGUCCAGAAGUCAAGGGAGGAAAGAUAGAAAUGCCUGAUAUCGAUGUCUCACUUCCCAAAGGAAAAUUUGAAGGCGGUGUUGAGUUUGAAGGCCCUAAUUUUAGAGGAGGAAAGCUCAAAAUGCCAACAUUUGAUGUUUCUUUACCAAAAGUUAAUUUUCCAGAGGGUGGUGUCGAACUAAGAGGUCCUGAUUUCAAAGGAAAAAUUAAAAUUCCAGAAGUUGAUGUCUCAGUUCCAAAGGGUGAAGGAGAUUUUGAUAUUCAAGGCCCCGAUGUCAAAGGAGGAAAGUUCAAAAUGCCGACGUUGGAUAUUUCUUUACCAAAAGUCAGCCUUCCAGAAGGCGGCGUUAAAUUAAAAGAUCCAGUAUUCAAGGGAGGAAAGAUGGAAAUGCCAGAUGUUGAUGUCACACUUCCCAAAGUUGAGGGUGAUUUUCAUCUACAAGGCCCUGAUGUCAAAGGAGGAAAGUUUAAAAUGCCAAAAUAUGAUGUUUCUUUACCAAAAGUCAAUCUUCCAGAAGGAGAAGUUCAACUGAAAGGUCCACAAAAAAUGGAAAUGCCAGACAUUGAUGUCUCAGUUCCAAAAGUUAAGGGAGGUUUUGACAUUAAAGGCCUUGAUGUCAAAGGAGGAAAGUUCAAAAUGCCAACACUGGAUGUUUCUUUGCCAAAGGUUAGUCUUCCAGAGGGAGGUGUCAAACUCAAAGGCCCAAAAAUCAAAGGACAGAUCGAAACUCCAGAAGUUGAUGUCUCCGUUCCGAAGGUUGAGGGAGCUUUUGAUCUUGAAGGCCCUAAUAUAAAAGGAGGAAAGUUCCAAAUACCACCAUUAGAUGUUUCUUUGUCAAAGGUUAGCCUUCCAGAAGGUGGGGUCCAACUAAAAUGUCCUGAAUUCAAGGGAAAAAUGAAAGUUCCAGAUGUUGAUGUCUCAGUUCCAAAGGUUGAAAGAGAUUUUGACUUUGAAGGCCCUGAUGCCAAUGGAGGAAAAUUCAAAAUGCCAACAUUGGAUGUUUCUUUACCAAAAGUCAGUUUUCCAGAAGGUGGUGUUGAAUUUAAAAGUACAGAAUUCAAGGGAGGAAAAUUGGAAAUGCCAGACAUUGAUGUCACACUUCCCAAAGUUGAGGGUAAUGUUAAUCUUCAAGGUCCUAAUGUCAAAGGAGUAAAAUUCAAAAUGCCAACGUUGGAUGUUUCCUUACCUAAGGUCAAUCUCCCAGAGGGUGACAUCAAACUAAAAGGUCCAGAACUUCAGGGAAGAAAGGUCGAAAUGCCAGACUUAGAUAUUUCACUUCCUAAAGGAAAAGCUGAAGGAAAAAUAGGAAUUGAAGGGCAAGUUGGCAAAGGAGGGAAGUUUCAUAUGCCUUCUGUCGAUCUUUCUCUUCCUAAGAUGAAAACUAAAAGUCCAGAGAUCAAUAUUGAAGGCCCCGAAUUUAAAGGUGGAAAAGUGUCCGCCCCAGAUGUAGCUGUUUCUAUUCCAAAGGUUGAAGGUCCUGAAGUUAAUCUUCAGAGUCCUGAUGUCAAAGGAGGAAAGUUUAAAGUGCCAACUUUCGAUGUGUCCUUACCCAAAGUCAGAAUCCCUGAAGGCGGUAUUAAACUAAAAGGUCCAGAAAUCAAAGGAAGAAAGAUGGAAAUGCCAGACGUUGAUGUUUCAGUUCCUAAAUUUGAAGGUGAUGUUAAUCUACAAGGCCCUGAUAUCAAAGGAGGAAAGUUCAAAAUGCCACAUUUGGAUGUUACUUUGCCAAAAGUCAGUCUUCCAGAGGGUGGUGUCAAACUAAAAGGUCCUGAAAUUAAAGGAAAAAUGCAAAUUCCAGAUAUUGAUGUCUCAAUUCCAAAUGUUGAGGGAGAUUUUGACAUUGAAGGCCCUGAUGUUAAAGGAGGAAAGUUCAAAAUGCCGACAUUGGAUUUUUCUUCACCAAAAGUAAAUCUUCCAGAAGCUGAUGUUAAACUAAAAGGUCAAGAGCUUGAGGGAUGCAAGAUUGAGAUGCCAGAUUUAGAUAUCCCCAAAGGGAAAGCUGAAGGACAAAUAGGAAUUGAAGGGCAAGUUGGCAAAGGAGGAAAGUUUCAUAUGCCUUCUGUUGAUCUUUCUCUUCCUAAAAUGACAAUUAAAGGUCCAGAGAUUAAUAUUGAAAGCCCUGAAUUGAAGAGUGGAAAAGUCACUACUCAGAAUGUAAACCUUUCCCUUCCCAAGGUUGAAGAUGACCUGAGUCUUGAAGGUCCUGAUGUAAAAGGAGGAAAGUUUAAAAGGCCAACCUUUGAUUUGACUUUACCCAAAGUCAGUCUUCCAGAGGCUGAUCUUAAAAUAAGAGGUCCAAAAGUCCAAGGUGGAAAGAUGGAAAUUCCAGAAACCGAUGUCUCAUUUCCAAAAGGAAAAAUUGAUGGGGGAUUCACUGUUGAAGGUCCUGAUAGCAAAGGAGGAAAGUUCAAAUUGCCUACAUUGGAUGUUUCAUUGCCAAAGGUCAACCUCCCAAAGUUUGAUCCAGAUUUGGAAACGCCAAAUAUCAAAGGACAAGUUGAAGUGCCAAGUGUAGAUAUUUCUCUUCCAAAAGGAAAGGUUGAGAGCGAUCUUGGCAUUGAAGGCCCUCAUGUCAAAGAAGGAAAGUUUAAAAUGCCACAAUUGGAUGUUUCUUUGCCAAAAGUGAGUCGUCCGGAGGUUGGUGUCAAACUAAAAGGUGCAGAAUUUAAGGGAGGAAUGAUGGAAAUUCCAGACAUUGAUGUCUCACUUCCCAAAGUUGAGGGUGAUCUUGAUAAUAUAGGACUUGAGGGAAAAGGAGCAAAGGUAAAAAUGCCAACGUUUGACAUUUCUCUGCCAAAGGUUAGCCUGCCAGUGGGAGGUGUCAAGCUGAAAGGUCCUGAACUUGAGGAAAGGAAGAUUGAGAUGCCAGAUUUAGAUAUUGGAUUCCCUAAGGAAAAAGCUGAAGGAAAAAUAGGAAUUGAAGGGCUUGUUGCCAAGGGGGGAAAAUUUCAUAUGCCCUCUGUUGAUCUUUCUCUUCCUAAAAUGAAAACUAAAAGUCCAGAGAUUAAUGUCGAAGGUGUAGAAUUUAAAGGUGGAACGGUCCCCACCCCAAAUGUAGAUUUUUCCCUUCCAAAAGUUGAAGGUGACCUGAGUCUUGAAGGACCUGAUGUUAAAGGAGGAAAGAUAAAAAUGCCAACACUUGAUGUUUCUUUACCAAUUGUCAAUCUUCCAAAGGGUGGUGUAGAACUUAAAGGUCCAGAGCUCAGGGGAGGAAACAUGGAAAUACCAGACGUCAAUAUCUCACUUCCCAAGAGAAAAGUUGAGGGUGGUGUGGAACUCGAGGGCCCAAAUGUCAAAGGAGGAAAGUUCAAAAUGCCUUCAUUGGAUGUUUCCUUGCCAAAAGUAAAUCUCCCAAAAGCUGAUUCCCAUUUGGAAGCACCAAAAGUUAAAGGAAAAAUAGAGAAACCAAGAGUGGAUAUUUCACUUCCAAAAACAAAAUUUGAGGGAGAUAUUGAUAUUGAAGGUCCAGAUGUAAAAACAGGAAAGUUUAAAAUGCCAACAGUUGAUGUUUCUUUGCCAGAUGUCAAACUUCCAGAGGGUGGGGUCAAAAUAAAAGGUCCAGAACUCAAGGGAGCGAAGAUUGAAGUUCCAGAAAUGGAUGUCUCACUUCCUCAAGGACACCUGCCUGCAGGUGUUGAUAUUGACAUCAGAGGAGGAAAGUUUCACAUGCCUUCUGUUGACCUUUCUCUUCCUAAAAUGAAAUCAAAAGGUGCAAAUAUCAAUAUCGAGGUUCCUGAUGUUAAAGGUGGAAAAGUCACAAUGCCGACAGUUGACAUUACUCUUCCCAAAGUAGAAGGAGAACUGGAUCUUAGCUCCCCUGAUCUCAAAGGAGGACAGGUAGAAAUGCCAAAAAUUGACAUUUCUUUACCAAAAGUCAAUGUUCCAGAAGGUGGUGUCAAAGGUCCAGAACUCAAAGGAAAGGUUGAAAUUCCAGACCUUGAUAUUUCACUUCCAAAGGUCGAAGGGGAUUUUGACUUUGAAGGCCCUGAUGUCAAAGGAGGCAAGUUUAAAAUGCCUAAACUUGAUAUGUCUUUGCCAAAGGUCAGUCUUCCAGAGGUUAGUGCCAAACUAAAGGGUCCAGACUUUGAAGGAAGGAAAACUGAUGUCUCAUUUCCCAAAGUUGAAGGAAAUCUGGAUGUUGAAAGCCCUGAUGUUAGAGGAGGAAAAUUCAAAAUCCCAACAUUUGAUGUUUCUUUACCAAAAGUCAACCUUCCUGAAGGGGGUUUUAAACUCAAAGGUGAAGAAUUCAAGGGAGGAAAGAUGGAAAUACCAGACAUUGAUGUCUCACUUCCCAAAGUUGAAGGUGAUGUUAAUGUUCAAGGGCCUGAUGUCAAGGAAGGAAAAUUCAAAAUGCCAACGUUGGAUGUUUCUUUACCAAAAGUCAAUUUUCCAGAGGGUGGUAUCAAACUAAAGCGCCCAGAACUCAAGGGAAGAAAGAUGGAAAUUCCAGACGUUGAUAUAUCACAUGAAAAAGGCAAAGUUGAAGCAGGUGUUGAUCUUGAAGGUCCUGGCAUCAAAGGAGGAAAGUUCAAAAUGCCAAUAGUUGAUGUGUCUUUACCAAAAGCCAAUCUUCCAGAGGGCGGUAUCAAACUAAAGGGGCCAGAGUUCAGUGGGGGAAAGAUUGACAUGCCAGACUUUGAUAUAUCAUUCCCCAAAGGAAAAGCAGAAGGAGAAGCAGGAAUUGAAGGCAAAGUUGGCAAAGGAGGAAAGUUUCACAUGCCCUCAGUAGAUAUUUCCAUCCCUAAAGUGAAAACAAAAGGCCCAGAGAUCAAUUUUGAAGGUCCUGGAAAAGUCACUACGCCAACAAUUGAUGUUUCUUUACCAAAGGUCAGUGCUCCAGAAGGUGGUGUUAAAUUAAAAGGUCCACAAGUCAAGGAAGGAAAGAUAGAAAUGCCUGAUAUCGAUGUCUCACUUCCCAAAGGAAAAAUUGAAGGCGGCCUUGAGCUCGAAGGCACUGAUUUUAAAGGAGGAAAGUUCAAAAUGACAACGUUGGAUGUUUCUUUACCAAAAGUCAAUUUUCCAGAGGGUGGUGUCAAAUUAAAAGGUCCUGAAAUCAAAGGAAAAAUGAAAAUUCCAGAGGCUGACGUUUCAGUUCCAAAGGUUGAGGGAGAUUUUGACAUUGAAGGCCCUGAUUUUAAAGGAGGAAAGUUUAAAAUUCCAAAAAUGGAUGUGUCUUUACCAAGAGUCAAUCUUCCAGAGGGUGGUGUCAAACUAAAAAGUCCUGAAAUAAAAGGAAAAAGGAAAAUUCCAGAAGUUGACGUCUCGACUCCAAAAUGUGAGGGAGAUUUUGACAUUGAAGGCCCUGGUUUCAAGGAAGGAAAGUUUAAAAUUCCAACGUUGGAUGUUUCUUUACCAAAGGUAAAUCUUCCAGAGGGUGGUGUCAAACUGAAAGGUCCCAAAAUCAAAGGAAAAGUGCAAAUUCCAGAAGUUGACAUCUCUACUCCAAACGUUGAGGGGGGGUUUGACAUUGAAGGCCCUGAUGUCAAAGAAGGAAUGUUCAAAAUGCCAACAUUGGAUGUUUCCUUACCAAAAGUCGAUUUCCCAAAGGGGGGGAUCAAACUAGAAGGUCCUGAACUCCAGGGAGGGAAGAUGGAAAUUCCAGACGUUGAUGUCUCACUUCCCAAAGUUGAAGGUGAUGUUCAUCUUAAAGGCCCUGAUGUCAAAGGAGGAAAAUUCAAAAUGCCAACGUUGGAUGUUUCUUUACCAAAAGUCAAUUUUCCAGAGGGUGGUAUCAAACUAAAGAGGCCAGAGUUCAGUGGGGGAAAGAUUGACAUGCCAGACUUUGAUACAUCAUUCCCCAAAGGAAAAGCAGAAGGAGAAGCAGGAAUUGAAGGCAAAGUUGGCAAAGGAGGAAAGUUUCACAUGCCCUCAGUAGAUAUUUCCAUCCCCAAAAUGAAAACAAAAGGUCCAGAGAUGAAUAUCGAAGGUCCCGAAUUUAAAGGUGGAGAUAUCACUAUGCCAACGGUUGACAUUUCUGAUGCAAAAUUUGAAGGAGACCUUGGGUUUGAAAACCCUGACUUUAAAGGAGGAAAGAUCAACAUACCAACAAUUGAUGUUUCUUUACCAAAGGUCAAUAUUCCAGAACGUGACGUCAAACUAAAAGGUCCCGAAAUCAAAGGAAAAAUGAAAAUUCCAGAGGUUGAUGUCUCAGUUCCAAAGGUUGAGGGAGAUUUUGACAUUGAAGGCCCUGAUAUCAAAGGAAGAAAGUUCAAAAUGCCAACGUUGGAUGUAUCAUUACCAAAGGUCAAUAUUCCAGAGGGUGCCGUCAAACUAAAAGGUCCUGAAAUCAAAGGAACAAUGAAAAUUCCAGAGGUUGAUGUCUCAGUUCCAAAAGUUGAGGGAGAUUUUGACAUUGAAGGUCCUGGUGUCAAGGGGGGAAAGUUCAAAAUGCCAGCAUUGGAUGUUUCAUUACUAAAUGUCAAUCUUCCAGAUAGUGGUGUUAAGCUAAAAGGUCCAGACCUUGAGAUGAGGAAGAUCGACAUGCCAGACAUCGAUGUCUCAUUUCCUAAAGGAACAGCGGGAGGACAAAUAGGAAUUGAAGGCCAAGUUGGUAAAGGAGGAAAGUUUCAUAUGCCCUCUGUCGAUAUUUCUCUUCCUAAGAUUAAAACAAAGGGACAAGACAUAGAUGUUGAAGGUCCUGGUAUUAAAGGUUCCUUUCCCAAAAUAAAAUCUCCAGGAGUAGACGUCAGUUUGGAAGGCCCUGGUGUAAAAGUUGCCACCCCAUCAAUGGCAGGAGAAGUUUCAGUCGAAGGUUCCCAUAAACGUGGCACAGUCAAACUUCCGACUGUUGACAUCUCAGCUCCGAAGGUGGAUCUUGACUUUGGCCUCACCAAACCAAAAGGUGAUGAUGUGGAAGUUGCGCUUCUGAAGGCUGAAGGAAGCAGGCCUUCUUCUGGGGGAAGUUUUGAAUUGCCUAAUGUCUCACUGAAAGUCCCCAGUUUUACUCUUCCUAGGUUUAGUGGAAAGCGCAAAAGUGGUCAUUUGGAGGUGUCCGGACAAAGCUCUGAAGGUGACAUUUCUCUCGGGGCGCCAUCAAUUGAGUUGGACAGCAGAGUCAAAGGGAAACAAGCUCAACUCAAAAAGCCCCACUUUGGAGUAUCCAAAACAGAUGCAGAUGUGUCUGUGUCUUGUCCUGAAUUAGAUGUCAAUGUAAAACAGGGAGACGCGGACAUUCCUAAACCAAAUACCAAUGCUGAUGUGGAAAGUAAAGGUCGAUUCCAUGCACCUGAUGUCACUAUCAAAUUCCCAAAAUUCUCCAUGCCAGGAUUUGCUUCAAAAGAUUUAGGAAAGUCAAGUGAUGACUUUGAAGCUAAGGCGAAAGCCAAGAUGCCCUCAGUUGAGCUAUCACUUCCUGCCACUAAAUCACCAGAAUUGGAGGUUCUUCUCCCAAAAGCAGAGUUGGACAUUUCAGAAGGUGACCUGAAAAUUCCCAAAAAGCCUGUGAUUGACGUGUCUGUUCCCAAAGUAGAUCUGGCUGUCCCACUUCCUAAAACUGACAAAGGUGGUUCACAUGUGAAGGGAGAACAUACAGGUCUGAAACUGAAAAUGCCAAGACUCGAUAUCAAAGGUCCAACUGGAGAUCCUGAGCUGGACGUGCGACUUCAGAAAGGAGAGACUAUGGUGGAAGUAUCUGACUUAGAAACCAAUAGCAAAAUGAAAGAGCCCAAAGUCAAGGGUACAAAGUUCAAUAUUGGAAUGCCAAAAAAGAAAAAUGGUGGCGGUGUAAAAGUUGAGCACAAAAUAACUAAAACUGGUAUCUAUGGUCCAACAUCCACAAGCCACAAUGGACACAAAGACGGAAACAUUAAUGUCCAAAUACCCAGUCUUACAUUACCAAGUGGAAGUAUACAAAGCAAAGAAGGUUCAGCAGAAUGUGGUCUCCCAUCGUCAUCUACUACAGUCCCCAGAAUUCCAGACAUCGAUUUUGAUAUUGGCACAGCACAGGACGAAGAAGAGGAAAAAUCAGGCAAGAAGAUAAAAAUCCCCAAGUUUGGUGUUCCGCUACCAUCCCUUUCUUCCCCGGAAGGUCGGCUGGAGAUCUGUGGAACGGAGAGCAAAUACGAGGGCCCCAAGGUUCCCAAAGUAAAGAAAGCAGUUUUUGUUUUGGUGAACCCCCCUCAAACUGACGAUGUAACUUUAUAUACAGAUGACGCCAAGGUGAAGAUUCCAAAGUUCCAAACAAAGUCCACAGAAACACCAAAGUCAGGUGACGUUCCACUCAAGGGAGAAUGUCCAAGUUCACGGUUCCACUUUGAGAAAGAUUCAAGUCCUCACAUGGGCUACAAAGUUGAUGACGUGGCAGCGAGUGGAAAAGUCAAACUUCCAAAGGUAGAAUUCACUUCUCCUUAUGGCAAGAAACCUGCAGGUGACACCAACUUGGAAAUAACAACCAGAUUUGGAAAACCUUCAUUAUCAGGGAAAGACACUAAAGGGCUCCAUAUAAAACCAGGCAAGGUCUCAUUUGGAGAUUUUCCUGAGGAGUCUUCAACGGAAGUGGUCUCACACCACUCCAGAACGGAAAGGCUUGAACGUGACAUCUCUGGAUCGCCAGAUGAUUUUACCAUGAAAUUCAGCUCGACAAAGGUUCAAUCCUGGAGCGAGGAAGACACUAGAGGAGACAUCCAAGGGAGAAAUUCUCCUCCGUGGUCCAAGGCCCCCAAAUUCACCCUCAAGCCACACUCCACAGGCUUCCUGCAGAUCACGCCGGAGGGGUCUCCUCAGGCUCAGCGGCUAGGAGAGCUGGGAGGUGAGGCCGUCUCGGGCUCAUUCUGCCUGCGCACCUCCGACGUCACAACAAGAGAAGUGUCCUCACUGGGGGGAGGAGCCUCAGUUACCAUGGUGACAACGACCACCAGGACGACGCGGCACGCCAAAUCAACUGGGACGACUGCGGGAGACCCGGUGGGGACCACUCAGCCGCCAUCAGACCUCUGAGGCGCCGGACACACCUGCAAAAUAGAGGUUUUCAUUAUGGUACAGACAAUCCCCAAUUUAGGAACAAGUUAGGCUCCCGAAGGCUGUUCGCCAAGGAUUUUUAAACUUUUUGUCAUUUUUCUAUUGUCACAACAUGUUAGUUAGCAUCUGUUUUUGUUCUUGUGAUGUUGUUUCUCUAAAACCUAGUUUAACAAUGAGUAUUGUAAUCAUAUAAUGUACUCAUGUAAUUAUAGACCUGCUGUACACGUACUAUAUGUAAAUUGUCUUUGGCACAAGAUCAGGGGCGUCCAAAGUAAUCCAAAAAUGGCUUCAGUGGAUAAAGGUUUUCAUUGCAACCGAUCAAGAGGACACCUUUUCAAGAAUGUUAUGUCUUACAACUUAGUGUAAUCAGUUAAUUGCAAUUGGGCGAUGCUUGCAUCAGCAGAAGUCUCAUUGGUUAGACUGUCUAUGCUGGAUUGGUUGGAACUAGGGCUGUCAAACGAUUAAAAUUUUUAAUCGAGUUAAUUACAGCUUAAAAAUUAAUUAAUCGUAAUUUAUCGCAAUUCAAAACAUGUAUAAAAUAUGCCAUAUUUUUCUGUAAAUUAUUGUUGGAAUGGAAAGAUAAGACACAAGACCGAUAUAUACAUUCAACAUACGGUACAUAAGUACUGUAUUUGUUUAUUAUAACGAUAAAUCAACAAGAUGGCAUUAACAUUAUUAACAUUCUCUUAAAAUGAUUCAUGGAUAGAAAGACUUGUAGUUCUUAAAAGAUAAAUGUUAGUACAAGUUAUAGAAAUUUUAUACUAAAACCCCUCUUAAUGUUUUCGUUUUAUUCAAAUUUGUAAAAUUUUCAAUCAAAAAAUAAACUAGUAGCUCGCCAUUGUUGAUGUCAAUAAUUACACCAUGCUCACUCAUUGUGCUCGAACCCAUAAAAUCAUUUGGACCCAAGCGCCAGCAGAGGGCGCCAAAAAACAAGUAACAAGCGGACAUUACACUGCUGUCAUGUUUAAUCUGUUUGAUCGGGGCAUGUGCGUUAAUUGCGUCAAAUAUUUUAACGUGAUUAAUUUUAAAAAUUCAUUACCGCCCAUUAAUGCGAUAAUUUUGACAGCCCUAGAUGAAACAAAAACCAGAGGUCCUGUUUUGGAUAUUAUGAAAAGUGCGCUGAAUUGAAUAAAAUUCAUAUAUUCAUCUAUGCUGUAAAAAUCCAGAAAAAAAAUCACUUAAAAAUCUAUGGAGUGGAUGUGCGAAAAAUGAACUGUAUUAUAGCGAAGGUGACUUCAAAACACAAUUUAACACUAAAGUGUUUACAAGUUUGAAAGUAAUUGGAAUGUUCAUAAGUAGGGGAGUGUCUGUAUACAUUGGAAAACUCAAGCAAGCAGCAUUAUUAGCAGAGUAAUAUAUAUUUACUUUUUCAUCUCUAACUGUGCCAUUUUUUCUUACUGGAUCUCCAAGUGUGUUAGUGUAGUUUGGAGUUAUUUUCAAGAUUUUACACAGUAUGUCAAAGAGAUUUUUUUUGUGGAGCAAUUUCAUUGUAGUUGUAGUUACAUUUGACAGAACUACCAAAGAACGAUGUAAAUACAAGUAUGUCCCAUGUGGUUAUAAUUCAUUCGAUAGAAAGAAGUAGAAAGGUUUGUCACUUUGGUUUGUGUCUUUGAGGCUUCUUUGGGAUUUUGGCACAUUUUGUAUUUUUAGAUCAGCAGUCAUGCUUUGAAAAAAUCUCUAACCUGUAAAAAAAAAGUUCAUUUGUCCAAACUGCUGUUGUUGUAGUUCAUAUCUGUAUUUCGAUCAUAUUUUCGCAGCUUCUGGCUAAAUUUGAAUGCAUCCUUCACAGUUAGAUUGAUCGCUUUCCCUGGUCAUUACAAAUGAAUUGCUUGUACGUCCGUGUAGUGUAUAUAUAGCUCACUCCAUAUUUGCAACUUAAAUAGUGUUUCUUAGAGUACAAAUUACUGUUUUUAGUAGAUUCUGAAAAACAGAAAACAUCUGAUCACACAGGUUGUUCCCAUUUCCUUUGACACAUUUGAUAUUGUAUAAGCAUUUAUAUUUUUGAUUUUGGUUGCUGUGCCUGUUUUGCAGGUGAAAUUUAAAUUUUACUACACAUUUUUUCAAAUGCUGGAUGAAGAGUAUAUGUCAGUACACACUGAAACGUUUGUCUGUGUAGAAACAAUGAAUUUAUUAGUUUGAACUUGUUUAUGUGCUAAAUGUUGCGUUGUCACAACUGUAUUGAAGAGACUGUUGGUGAAGAGGUUAAAUAAAAAUGUAUUCAUUUUAAGCAUCAUGUAUAUUUCAAUGACAGUGUAAAAGGCUGCAACACUGGUGUGAUUCAAAACAAACGUCACUAAAUAUUUAACUAGCAAGCAGAUGUGGCGGCUCUACAGAAUUCAAAUGGCCCAACAAAUGAUAUACACAUGAGUACCCUUAGCACAGCUAGCAAAUAUAUAUAUGGCGAAAAACACAGACAAGGCUGAAAAAGCAGUUUCUGCUCUUGCACCCCUCUUUAAAAUAAACUGCUAUAUUUUAAGCCGAAAGAACUGUUGUGUUUGAUAGAACAACAUGUCUAUAUGUUGCCAUAGCAGUUUCAUGGCGCAUUAAAGAGCAUACGACAGGAGAAACAAAAGUCUCAAAUGGCAUUA